GCACUUCCGGUUCGCUCCUCGCUUCUCCUCCUGCCACUCGGGUGUUUCCAGGCUUGUAUUCUGAGAUAAAUACCAGAUAAAUAACGAUGUCUCUGGAGGUGGAAUCAGCAGAUGUGAUCCGUCUGAUCAUGCAGUACCUGAAGGAGAACAACCUGCAGAGGACGCUGGUGACGCUGCAGGAGGAAACCACCGUCUCUCUGAACACCGUGGACAGCAUCGAGAGCUUUGUGGCCGACAUUAACAGCGGACAUUGGGACACGGUCCUGCAGGCCAUCCAGUCCCUGAAGCUGCCCGACAAAACCCUCAUAGACCUCUACGAGCAGGUGGGGUGCUAGUGCAGUCUACAUGCAG